AUGCCGCAUGCUGGCCCCCAAAGACUCUUGGUUCCUGGUGCCCGUAUACAUGGCCCAACAGUAAAUAGAUUUCCGUGUAUACAGACGGGUCUCGUUACUGACGCUGUGUUUCUCGUACUCAGCCGCUCGCAACGUUGCUCAGGGCACAGGGCUCGACUACAAUGCUCCUAG